AUGGCUUUUGAUCGCUACGUGGCCAUCUGCCAUCCUCUGAGAUAUUCCACUACCCUGACAAACUCUGCUGUUGCCAAAAUAGGCCUGGCCGUGGUGCUGCGUAGUGGCAAACUCACAUUACCCUAUCCCUUUCUGGUGAGGCGGUACCCAUAUUGCAGAACCAACAUCAUCCCCCACUUCUAUUGUGGGCAUGUAGCCGUGGUGAAACUGGCCUGCGCUGACAUCCGCAUCAAUAAUUCGAACACAACCGACUUCACCAACCCCUCCACCUUCAUCCUACUUGGCAUUCCUGGCCUAGAGGCAGCCUAUAUCUGGAUCUCCAUUCCCUUCUGUGCUAUGUACGCCAUAGCCGUGUUGGGGAACUUCACCAUCCUGUUCAUCAUUAAAAGGGAUCCGAGCCUCCACGGGCCCAUGUUCUAUUUCCUCUGCAUGCUGGCUGUGACCGACUUGGUCAUGUCCACAUCCACCAUAGGCCUGGCUGUGGUGCUGCACAGUGGCAUAAACACAUUACCCUAUCCUUUCCUGGCGAGGCGGUGGCAAUAUUGCAGAACCAAUAUCAUCCCCCACUUUUGUUGUGGGCAUAUGGCUGUGGUGAACCUGGCCUGUGCUGACAUCCGCAUCAGUAGUUACUAUGGCCUAUUUGAUCUUCUCUCUGUGAUUGGAAUGGAUGUAUUUUUUAUCGCUGUGUCUUAUACUCUGAUCCUCCGAGCCAUCUUCCGCCUGCCCACAAAGGAUGCCCGGCUCAAAACUUUUGGAACCCGCAUCUCUCAUAUUUGUGCCAUCUCAGCUUUGUACAUCCCAGAUUUCUUCUCCUCUCUCACACACUGGUUUGGUCACAAUGUGCCCCGGCACUUCCUCGUUGUCAUUGCCAGUGUGUACCUGCUGGUGCCCCCCAUGAUACACCCCAUCAUUUAUGGGAUUGAGCUCCGUGCAGAGUUGGCUGGUGCAUGA